UAAAUGCCUCGCUACUAUCUAUAUUGGAGCACUACAGUGGGAUAUGAAAUGAUGGUCUUCUGCAGCCUAAGUAGUCUACUACAUGGUCAAUAAUAUUAUCGUAUGAUUCAGGCUAUAGUAAGGAAAACCGUUCGCCCAAUGUGUAAACAUCACAAGGGUGUUGCAGGCUUGAAAUGCAGUAUGUAUAUUAACAAAUGAAAUGAAGGUGACCAGACAAAACAUGAAAUAUCUUGGGUUCAUGCUGUCUGCAAUGAAAUACAAGCCAAAAGAGAUGAAUGAGGAUGCAUUUGAGGUCCCUGAAAGGAACGAGUACCGCUACCUUGUUCAAGAUGAGGCUGAAGAGGAGGUCCAAUAUGCCCACCGCUACUACGUCAGCCCAUUCCUUCAGGUGUCCCGCAGGUGUAUGUUUUUGAUUGGUUGUGGCAUUCUUGCCCUCCUCACUCUUGCUGCAUACCUAGCUUACGUGGCUCAGACUCCACCAUCUCGUUACGCUCAAGUGCUCACAGACUGUGGUUUGCUGCAUGGGCAAAGGAAAGAUGGUGCCUACUCCUUCAAAGGUAUCCCAUAUGCCGUGCCACCUGUUGGUGAACACCGAUGGCAACCUCCAGCAGACCUAAAAGCAAAUGGAAAGUGCUGGGCUGGCAUUUACAAUGCCACACAUUUUCGUAGCAAGUGUGCCCAGGUAUGGCCUCUCAGGGAAGAUGGGCAUGUGAUGGGUCAGGAGGACUGCCUGUACUUGAACGUCUGGACACCCAGCCUGCGGCCUACUGCUGCCCUGCCUGUCAUGGUGUGGAUCCAUGGAGGACACUUGCACAUGCUGAGCGGCCAGGAGAAAGGCUACUCGCCCACUGAGGAGCUGGCGAGCCGAACACAAACUGUGUUUGUCAGUCUGAAUUACAGGCUUAAUGCAUUUGGCUUCAUGGCUCUGGAGCUACUGAGAAAAGGUUCUCCCACCAAUACCUCAGGGAACUACGGCUUCAUGGACCAGAUUCAAGCUCUUCACUGGGUUCAAAAAAACAUCCAUGUGUUCGGCGGAGACCCAAAGAAAGUCACCAUAUUUGGAGAAACAUCAGUAUGGGCUUUGAUGCUUUCGCGUCAAGCUAAGGGUUUGUUUCAUCGUGCAAUUGGAAUGAGUUCCUCAUUCAUGUCUAACAAAUCGUUGGACUCAGCCGAACAAGACAAUGUUGUGUUCUUGAAGAAAACAGGCUGCCAAGACGCCACCUGCCUUCGAAAGCUUAACAUAACUCAGAUCCUCCAGGCCAUUCCAUGGAAGGAAUACCCAUCCUGGGCAAAAGAUGGACUAACAGACAUCCCUGUUAAAGGGAAAUCAUAUGGUCCAGUUGCAGUUUUAGAUGGUCAUGUUCUCUCUACUCAUUCAUUUAAAGCUUGGGAGAAAGGUGGGUUUUACAAUGACGUUCCAUUCGUGAUUGGAACAGCAGAGCAAGAAACUGACUACAGUCCACCAAUGAACAACAUCUCCGUCUGGACCUGGGGCGACUACCGGUGGUUUCUAUCAGAGAAGCUGAGGCCAUUUGGAGAUGAUGUGUGGUCCCAGGCCCUGAAGCUGUACAACAGUUCUGCUCCAUGCCCAACCAGUGACCGCUGUCCUGAAAGACUCUACACCACUUUAGUGUCAGAUAUGAGAGCCAGCUGCCCCAGCAACCACCUGGCCAAGCAAGCUGCAGAGGCCUUGAAGAGCCCUGUGUACCGCUACCUGGUGACCUACACUCCAUCCAAAGCAGUCAAUUCGUCCACCUUGCUCCCUUAUUCAAGCCGCUUCUCCUUCCACAUGAUGGACAGCUUGGCAUUCUUCGGCGGCCUCGAGAUGGCACUCGGCACAACGACCUCUAAAGACAAAGCGUUUCAGCAAACGCUAACAAAAUACUUCAUCCAGUUCGCAAAAGAAGGUAAAAUGCCAGAAGAUUGGCCUAAGUUCCCAUCCCAGACUGCGAUGCUGGAUCAGAUGCUUUCUGUGGCACAGAAUCCUUUAGCAAAGAGAUGUACUCUGUGGGAAAAGAAUAAUUUUUAUUCAUACGCCUGGAUCAACUAAUGUGGUUUUAUUGGACUCUCGCUUAAUUAUACGCUUCAUUAAACAAAUAUGCACCAACCAUAAACAGCUACAAAAGGAAAUCUGGAAAUCGUUUUGCAUUGCAAUGUUAACUCUCUUUUGAGUUGGCCAAAAAAAAGCAUGGAGGAAGUAUUUUAUUUGCACUGAGUCAAGCAUAUUCUUUAUUAUGAAUCAUUAAACAGCAAUAAGGGAAUGUACAUGGUGUUUAGUAAGGAAAUAAAUUUGCUUGACUCUGCAAAGCAUAUUAUCAUAUACUUUCUUAUAGGGCUGCACAAUAAUGUCAAAAAUCAUAAAUGAUUAUUAUUACGUUUGCCUAGGGUGUGAGUUGAGCACCAAAGUAUUUCCCUUGCACUUUUAUUUUUACAUUCUGAUCUUAUAUUCCUUUAAAUCUUUAAGCUGGAUAUGAAGGGAUUUAUUCCUAAAGCGUUCAUAGGAGCAGUUAUACAAGAAAUUUAGUAUUCAUGAAAAUCCUGUAAUUUCAGAAAAACAUUCGUAUCCUACUUGUGGGCCUGAGUGAGGUGCAAACUUACACAUAAGAUUAACUGAUGUAAACUUUGACUUGGUUGACUUCAAAUCAUAUCAUUUGUUGGGAAUAAGAGUACCAUCAGGAACAUUUUGUUAAAAUCUAGCUGUUUAUUUUAUUGGGAUUCAUUAAAAAAAAUUCAUUAAAACUAGAUUUAUUCAAAUUAUAACAAAAGAGAUGCCAGCAUACUGUAUAAACAGAGGACACGUCGGUCUGUGUGUAGCCCGAAGCCGUAAACAAAUAGCAAAGCUGAUGGAAGAUGAGUGAAAUGAUGUUUACAGACCACAAUGAUUUUUUUGGAGGACGAAGGCUGGCUUAGAAAUUGGCUCAGUUUGCCACAGCAUCUUCUUUUAACACUGUGCAUGAUUUCCAGCAUGUCGGUAGUGAGAAAACAAUUUUUAUAAAAUAGCACUUUCUCUGUGUGAUGUGUUUGGUGUUUCACAUCACUUUUUUUUUUUUUUUACUUUUUCAUUCUCAUCUCAUCUCAUUAUGAUCAAAAAGCAAUAGGAUUAGCCAAAGCAUUAAAGAAAAGCAUUUAUUUUCUUAUUUUUAUUUCUGCAUUUUUCCUAGUUUUAAUUUUUAUUCCUUUUCAGCAUUUAUUUUCUUAUUCUUUUGCAGAUUUAUUCUUUUUAUACGGCGCUCCUGUGAUUCCACAGGUGCUCGUACACUGCUAGAUAUUGUUUAUUGGUAUAGAAGUGAGUCAAAAUAACUUCCACUUCUGCCUUUUCCUUCACAAUUGUCGCUGUAUGUUUCCAACCCUCUGUGCACUUUACCUUUUAUGUGGUUUUGUUCAUGGCACUUGAUGCAAAUAAACUGUCUCAGGAA